GGACCCGCCGGCUGGCUCGCGGGGCCUCGCAGCCCGACAGCCGAAUCGCGGGGCGCCUGGUGCCUGGGCCGGUGAGGACGGGCGCCAGCAUCCCUUGGCCGCGCGGGAGGCGGAGCUGCGAGGCCAUCAGCCUCUGCCCCGCGACCCUGCGUCCCAGUGCGCGGAACCUUGCGCUUCGCUAGGGAACAGUCCGAAGUCCACGCUAUGGAAGAGGAGAAAUAUUUGCCUGAGCUGAUGGCAGAGAAAGAUAGCCUGGAUCCAUCUUUUGUGCACGCCUCACGCCUUUUGGCGGAAGAAAUUGAAAAAUUUCAAAGUAGUGAUAUAAGAAAAGAAGAUGAAGAAAAGAAAUACCUUGAUGUUAUCAGCAACAAAAACAUAAAACUCUCAGAAAGGGUGCUGAUUCCUGUCAAACAAUAUCCAAAGUUUAAUUUUGUGGGGAAAUUGCUUGGACCAAGAGGAAACUCCUUGAAGAGGUUGCAAGAAGAAACAGGCGCUAAGAUGUCCAUCCUUGGCAAAGGAUCAAUGAGGGAUAAAGCAAAGGAAGAAGAACUAAGGAAGAGUGGGGAAGCUAAAUAUGUUCACUUGAGUGAGGAGCUUCACGUAUUAAUUGAAGUGUUUGCUCCACCUGGAGAAGCUUAUUCACGGAUGAGUCAUGCACUAGAAGAAAUUAAAAAAUUUCUUGUUCCCGACUACAAUGAUGAAAUUCGCCAGGAACAACUACGUGAAUUAUCUUAUUUAAAUGGUUCAGAAGAGUCUGGUCGUGGCAGAGGUCUUAGAGGUAGAGGAAUCAGAAUAGCACCCACAACUCCUUCAAGGGGUCGUGGGUGUGCCAUUCCUCCUCCCCCACCUCCCGGACGAGGUGUUCUCACUCCCCGAGGAACCACUCUAACCCGUGGAGCUCUUCCUGUGCCCCCUGUAGCAAGAAGUGUUCCUACUCCAAGGUCCAGAGGUGCACCUACAGUGCCCGGAUACAGGGCACCCCUUCCCCUAGCCCAUGAAGCAUAUGAUGAAUAUGGAUAUGAUGAUGGCUAUGGGGGUGAAUAUGAUGACCAGACCUAUGAGGCUUAUGGUAACAGCUAUGUCACCCAAACACAAAGUGUGCCUGAAUACUAUGACUAUGGUCAUGGAGUAAGUGAGGAUGCCUAUGACAACUAUGCACCAGAAGAAUGGACCACAACCCGCACCAGCCUGAAGGCAGCACCACCAAGGUCAGCAAGAGGGGGAUACAGGGAACACCCUUAUGGUAGAUAUUGAAGGUUCUCCUCACCUGUGACCUCACUUCCAAGACAAUAUAUAACCUCUGGUCUGCACAUAAACAGGAACAUGACAAGUAAUGGUCCUUUUUUCUACUAUAGGUAUAAUUAUUUAUGAUUAUGCCAUAUAUUUCUUGUACUUCCCCCUCUACUGUUUGGUGUAACAUUGGAAUUAGCAUUAUUUUUUAAUAUGGACUAAAAUUGGCAAGCAUUGUCUAUAAACCAUUUAGUAGGAUGAUAUAUUCCCUUGGUUGUUUUUCAUUAUUGUGUAUAAUC